AUGUCGAUGCUCGGGCGCCAGUCGCCCGACGAGCGCGACGACCGUCUCGGCGGCUCGCGCUCCGCCACGGGGCCGUCUCGCAAGGAGGAGAACGUCUACAUCCCGCAGUUCAUCACGAAGCGGCCCUUUUACGCCAUCAACGAAGAGGAAGAGAGCGCCUCCGCCGCCGCCGACAGCGCCGCCGAGGGCACCGCCAACAUCACGCGCUCCGGCUCACGCGACUACCUCGAGCACCAGCGCCUGCGGAAACCCGAGCAGGACUCCAAGUGGUACCAGCGCGGCAAGAAUGCCGGGCCUGUGGCCACCAAGUACCGCAAGGGCGCCUGCGAGAACUGCGGCUCCAUGAGCCACGCCAAGCGCGACUGCUUCCACCGCCCGCGCGCGCGGCUGGCCAAGUACACGGGCGAGGACAUCCAGGCGGACGAGCUGGUCGAGGACGUCAAGCUGAGCUGGGACGCGAAGCGCGACCGGUGGCUGGGCUUCGACCCGCGCGACUAUGCAGGCAUGAUGGCCCAGCGGGAGCGCAUGAACGAGGCGCGGCGCGUGCUGGUCGAGAAAGCCACGGCCGCCGCCGCCGGCAGUAGUAGUGGCGGCAGUGGCGGCCCAGGCAAGGAUGGCGCAGAGGGCGGAGACGGUGGCGCGCUGGUCCAAGCGGCCGGCGACGACGGCACGCGGUACACAGAAGACACGGAGCUGGGCGUGUCGCGAAAGAACGGCGCGGCCGAUUUGCGGAUGCGCGAAGACACGGCGCGGUACCUUGUCAACCUCGACGUCGACUCGGCCAAGUACGACCCGAAACGGCGCAAGAUUGUGGACGGCGGUGCGUUCCUCGACGACUCGGCGCGGCUCUUUGCCGAGGAGAACUUUGCCAAGGCCUCCGGCGACGCCGAGGCGUUUGAAAAGGCCGAGCGGUACGCCUGGGAGGUGCACGACAAGACCGGCGACGCCAGUUUGCACAUGCAAGCCAAUCCGACCGCGGCCGCGCACCGCCGCAAGAUGGACCAAGAAGAAGCGCGCAGGAAGCAAAAGGAGAUGGACGAACUGAUGCGGGAAAAGUACGGCGUCGCUCCGUCCGACGACAUUCCCGGAUUCGACGAGAAGGAGAGCAGGGUGCAGCUCGCGGCCAAGAAAAAGGCGGCGCUACUGGCCACGGCCGUGGCCUCGUCGGAGCACUUUGUCGAAUACGACGAGUCCGGCCACGUCAAGGACAAGUACCAGGCGAAGCGUGCCGACCGCUCCAAGUACGCGGAGGACGUGUUUCCACUCAACCACACGUCGGUCUGGGGCAGCUGGUGGAGCAACUUCCAGUGGGGCUAUGCGUGCUGCCAUUCGUUUGUGCGGAACAGCUACUGCACGGGCGCCGACGGCAAGGCUGCAUGGGAGCGUGCUGAGCGCCAGCGACUGGGAGACUGGGGCGACAACGACGAAAAGGACGAAAAGGACGAGGAGGCCGACAGUGGCCGCGGAGAGCGGAGAAUGCUCAAGGAAGCCGGCGACGAGGGUGACGCACCGUCCGACGACGACCGGAGGCGAAGGGACUCGUCGCCGCCGCGGAAACGGAAGAAGGAACGGAGCUCGCGGGACGACUGA